CUGAAACAUUUUCUCAACACUGCACAUGUAUCGCGAAACAGCACAGUGUCCCCUGUCGCGCUGAACCGGUUCUGGCCCAGGUCCACCUUUGGCGCCAUCGCAUUUGUGGUGGGGUGGUUUUGCGGGCCAUUCUCGUCUACGGCCUGCGCACCCUCCAGCCUCAACCCAGCCAGCAUCAACAACCAGCCUGCCUGCACCUAGAGCUGCACCGCGGCGUGCAAACAACGCAACACGCAGCCCUGUUGCUGUCGCCACACGCUCGCCCCCGCACUCCCCAGCCAUCCUCGACUUGUCGCAAUAUUCGCGGGCACCCAUCGCCGUCGCAAACCACGCCUUCGGCCACCACUCCUUGCGUCACCCCGAGCACAACAACACCAGCGAAAGCGUGAACGUCGCGGCGCAUGGUUUCCUACCCAGACUCGUCGAGUGCCGAGCGCUCACUGCCCAUCCGGCGUCCGUCGUCGGUGGUGUCCCAUUCCUCGCGCGCAUCCACCGUCCGCAGACAUCGCCAGCACCGGUCCAACGUUGGGAGCCCGUCGCUAGCCCCCCAGAAUGAAUUUCCCGUGUUUACGCAUACCGGCGACGUCGAAAUCGUCAUCAACAACGGACGGAAGCACAUGCGCUAUCUGUUGCACAAGUUGAUUCUGACGCAAUGCUCUGGCUUCUUUGAGGCUGGGACGAGUGACGAGUGGGCGACUGCCGGCGACGUGACCAAUGCCGGUCCCAGCAACGGCACCGCCCUAUCGAGGAUACCAUCAGGGUCACGGCCGGAGCAGAAGAGGAAAUGGAGGUACGAGAUGGAUUGGGGCAGCGGCGACGAUGACCUGCCCAUGCUCGUGCAGAAGAAGAAUCAGCCUACAAUGUUUGGCGGCGAAACAAGUCCACCUCCACAGCCGCCUAAUGCGCGCAACAAGCCUGCACCACCACAGUCAGGCUUCUUCCGCAGCAUGGCCAACUUCUCCACCCUCCACGUGCCAACAGCACCCGCUCCGGAGACCGACCCCGACGACGACAUCUUCCGAGACUACGACAACCUGUUCCGCAUCUUUUACAACUACCCGCCCUCGCUCGAUGCUGUCAAUAUCGCCAAUGCCUAUGUAGAGUGCAAAUCGCUUCUACAACUCGCCGACAUGUACGACGCGCUUGGUGUCAUCGGACCGCGCGUGGACCACCAUCUGCUGCGCUUCCAGGGUCGGCUGUGGAAACAGAUAGCCAAAUAUCCACCCAGCUAUCUCAAACUGGGCUACAUGGCACGGAGUAAAGCCAUCUUUGCCGAAGCCAUGGUGCACGUCGUCGGACAAUGGCCACAGGGCAUCAACCAACUGCGCGGUCAAAUCGCUGAGCCCGUCCUUGAGCUGAUAGAAGACAAGGUUGACGAGAUGGACGAGCUGAAGGCGAAGAUUGAAGUCAAGCUCUUUCGCUUAUCGCUCACAACUAGUCGCGGCGAGCGUGUCAGUCCAUCGAGCAACUGGCUGGACUGGAUAGCAGUCUCACUGUUCCGGCAAUGGCUAGCGGAGAACACCACGCCACCCCCAGCUCCGAUUCUCAAAUCACCACGGCCUCAGAACUCGCGAGACGGAGCGCCGCUGCCAGCUCCACCCGUCUUCAACACAGGUCGCAUCUUCCGCUUACUCGGCCAGGCUGGCUCAACUUACCUCAAUCACGACGAGUGCAAGCGCUUUCUGCGACUGAAUCCGGAUCACUACAACCGUGACAACCUCAAGCGAUUCGAACGAAGAAUUGACGAGAUCAAGAACAAGGCCAAGGACGCAGUAAAGCCGCUGAUGCGCAACUUCCUCGAGCUUGACCUACGAGAAGGCGGCCUGCCUUAUUUGACGUGCACAAGAAUCGAUCCGCAAGACUUUCCGUGGGAUGAUAUAUAAGAUUGGAGAGGAAUUAAAGAUGGGAUUGGACCAUCUGGCG